AUUGCCCACGAUAAAGUCGAGCCGCUUGCCCAGCCCGAGCCUGUCACGGUCUCGGAAAAGACUGGCGUCAUGUUCAAGCCGCAGAUCGAGUAUAAGCUCGGAUGCACCUCAUUCCCCGCUGUGAACACCGCCGGCGAAACCAGCAAGGGACUACCAGCCGAUGGUCUUGAGCUUUGUGAUAAGGCUCAUUUGGGUUCGCAGGUCUACGGUCGGGCUACCUGGUUCAACGGCGUU